AUGACGAAGUUGGAGGAUAUGUAUUUGUCUCCGACGGAGCAGGAGAAGGUUUUGGAUGAGGCAGUCCGGUUAGUUAAGACGGAAGCAUUUGAGAUGAAAAGGUGUUUGGACAAAGGUUUACUAAAAGAUGCUUUACAUCACGCUACUCAAAUGUUAAACGAGUUAAGGACAGGGGCCUUGACUCCGAAAUACUACUACCGACUGUAUGUUGACGCAACGAACGAGCUGCAGCAUUUGGAAACUCAUUUAACCGAGGAGUACGAAAGAGGGAAGAAAAUUGCUGAGUUAUAUGAGCUGGUACAACAUGCUCCAAACAUAAUACCGAGAUUGUAUCUCUUAGUGACAGUUGGAGUAGUAUAUAUUAAAGCUGAAGGUGGUAGCCCGCGAGAGAUAUUAAAAGAUUUGGUUGAGAUGUGCUGUGGAGUUCAACAUCCGCUUCGGGGUUUAUUCCUUAGAAAUUAUCUUUUACAGUGUACAAGAAACCUUCUCCCUGACCUUCCUGAAGACACAGCAGAGGAUGACAAAGGAAGUGUUACUGACGCCAUUGAAUUUAUCAUGUUUAAUUUCCGCGAAAUGAAUAAACUCUGGGUGAGAAUGCAGCAUCAGGGGCCAAGUAAAGAAAAAGAUAAAAGGGAACGGGAACGAAGGGAACUGAGGAUUUUGGUGGGAACUAAUCUCGUGCGCAUGUCACAGUUAGAACAUUUACACAUUGACAUGUAUCGGAAGACUGUGUUGCCUGGGAUUCUCGAGCAAUCUGUGUCUUGUAAUGACCCAAUUUCGCAAGAGUAUUUAAUGGAGUGUGUUAUACAAGUUUUUCCAAAUGAGUACCACCUAGCAACGCUGCAUGAAUUUUUAAAUGCUUGUUCAGAAUUGCACCAAGGAGUUCAGAUUAAAAAUGUACUUAUUGCGCUUAUCGACCGUCUAGCUAUUUAUACAACUUCAGAAGGGGGUAAGAUACCUGACGACUUACCUCUAUUUGAUAUAUUUUCGAAACAGGCUGGAUCAGUUAUUGAAAGCCGCCAGGAUAUGCCUCCAGAGGAUAUCGCUGCCUUGCAGAUGGCUCUUGUAAAUUUUGCACUAAAAUGUUACCCUGACAAAGCUGAUUACGCAAACACUUUCCUCAUAAUGAACCUAAUCCCUGUUGACGAAUAUGAUGACGUUGUCAGGCUGCUGCAGUUGGAUCACUACAGUUCGGUUAUAAGUUUGCUUAAUUACAAGGGAAGGACUCAAGCUACUUCCUAUGUUCUUCAGAACAUGAUUGAAAAUGACAGUAUACUGGCCACAACGGAAGUCUUAGAAGGCUUUUUGGCCGUUGCGGAACCACUCCUUGUAGAUCAAGAUGACCAACCUGAAAACCUAGAGAAAAAUGAAGACUUUGCGGAAGAGCAAACACUGUUGCUUAAAACGGCCCGCAAGCAAUUCGGCAGUGGUGGUUGCUCUCGCAUUAAGUUUACUCUUCCCCCGCUCGUCUUUGCAGUAUAUCAGUUGGCUCUUCGUUUCGCUGACGAGAAUCGAGAUGAUGAAAAGUUUGACGAGAAACUAUACAAAAUGUUUGUCUUCUGCAUGCAUACUAUUACUGCUCUAGUUACGUCAGCAAAGCUUGCUGAACUUCCGAUUAGGCUCUACUUGCAGGGGGCUUUGGUUGCAGGGGGUAUCAACUUUGCAGGUAGAGGGGAUAUAGCGUAUGAAUACGUUUCAAAGGCAUUUUCAUUGUACGAAGAAGAAUUGUCAGACAGUCGCGCACAGUUUGCGGCAAUUUCCUUGUUAAUAGGUACUAUGGAGAAACUGCACUGUUUUACUGAAGAAAAUCAUGAGCCUUUAAGAAUGCAAUGUGCGCACGCUUCCGCUAAGCUUUUUAAGAAGCCCGAUCAAUGUCGUGCCGUUUGUUCUGUUGCUCAUUUGUUUUGGAGCGGCCAAUCAAUAGAGUCGAAGGGGCCCAUGAAAGACGGCACUCAGGUUGUCAGUUGCCUUAAAAAGGCGUUAAAGGUUGCGCUACAGUGUUUGGAUCAAGUUGUGCAAGUUCAGUUGUAUAUUCACGUCUUGAACCACUGUCUCUAUUUCUUUGAAGAUAAUUGCGAAAAGGUUUCUGUCAGCCUGCUGAAUCAAAUAAUUGGCAAAAUACGAGAUGCAAUAAUGAAGCUCGAACCUUCUUCAGAUAACGAGCAAGUAACGACUUACUUUGAUGUAAGUAAUCUUAGUAAAAUUAAUUAUACUAGAAGAGUAAUUGUCAUUGCGAACGCGGCGAUAUUGGAGCUUACUUGCGAAAAAAAGUGGCUGCCUUCUUGUUGCAUGCUACUUUAUUUCGAGUUUCAUUUCAAGUGUCUGCUUCUCGAAAUUUACCUAUAUUUGUGUAAAAGUUGGUGGGAAGCUAUGUGUAGCUUUGAUGGAAGAACGCUAGGGAGGUACUUUUUCUGCUACACAAGGUACCUUCCAGAUGCAGAGGAAGAAAGCUAGAU